UCGAAUACAGAUGACGCAGUUGUUUCGUUCGGGUUUGUGAAUUGUAAUAAUAAAUCAAUCGAUCACUAUAGUCCUAUUUGUGUUUAACGUGUGCUGUAUUUUUUACGAGGAGGCUCCACCCGGAGAAGCUAUUUACCUGUAAUAAAGAACUUUUUACAUGUUGCAAGUGCUUUUCAAGGCCUAAGAAUGUACAGAUAUAAAAUAACCCUUAAAGAUCGCCAGCAGCUGUACAAACUGAUUGUUAGCCAAUUGCUGUACGAUGGGCACCUCCAGAUUGCUAAUGGUCUAGUCAACGAGCUAAAGCUCCACUCUGUCUGCGCACCUUCUGAGCAGUUACUUCACCUCAUUAAAGUGGGCAUGGAGAAUGACGACAGUGCUGUACAGUAUGCAAUUGGCCGUUCUGACACUGUGGCGCCAGGAACGGGCAUUGAUCUGGAAUUUGAUGCAGAUGUCCAAACUAUGUCCCCAGAGGCCUCAGAAUACGAGACCUGUUAUGUGACCUCUCAUAAGGGACCAUGCCGAGUGGCAACCUAUAGCAGAGAUGGCCAGCUGAUAGCCACUGGUUCCGCAGAUGCUUCCAUAAAGAUACUUGACACUGAGCGCAUGUUGGCCAAAAGUGCUAUGCCAAUUGAGAUUAUGAUGAAUGAAACCGCCCAGCAGAAUAUGGAAAACCACCCUGUGAUUCGCACGUUGUAUGACCAUGUUGACGAGGUCACUUGUCUUGCUUUCCACCCAACAGAACAGAUUCUGGCAUCUGCUUCCAAAGACUUCACUUUGAAAUUAUUUGACUACUCAAAACCGUCGGCUAAAAGAGCCUUCAAGUACAUACAGGAAGCAGAAAUGCUACGUUCAAUAUCAUUCCACCCCUCUGGAGACUUCAUUAUUGUUGGCACACAACACCCUACACUGCGCCUCUAUGACGUCAACACCUUCCAGUGCUUUGUGUCCAGUAACCCACAAGACCAACACACGGGUGCCAUUUGCUCUGUUAAUUAUAACAGCAGUGCAAACACCUAUGUGACCUGCAGCAAGGAUGGCAGCAUCAAGUUAUGGGAUGGAGUGUCCAAUCGCUGCAUUAAUACAUUUGAAAAGGCCCAUGAUGGUGCAGAAGUGUGCUCUGCAAUCUUCUCUAAGAACUCCAAGUACAUUCUUUCAAGUGGUAAAGACUCUGUAGCCAAACUUUGGGAGAUCUCCACUGGGAGGAUGUUGGUCAAAUACACAGGCGCUGGCCUGAGCGGGAGACAGGUGCACCGAACACAGGCUGUAUUUAACCACACAGAGGACUAUGUUUUGUUGCCAGAUGAAAGAACCAUCAGCCUUUGCUGCUGGGAUUCUAGAACUGCCGAACGGCGGAACCUCCUCUCACUUGGACAUAACAAUAUAGUGCGCUGUAUUGUCCACUCUCCAACCAAUCCUGGAUUCAUGACUUGCAGCGAUGACUUCCGAGCCAGAUUUUGGUACCGCAGGUCAACCACAGACUAAGCUUCCAAGCAGUGAAUACCACCGUUCCCAACAGCACACUGCCAAAAACAACUACAUCGGUAUCCUGUUGCAUUACAAUAUGUGCCAAUUCAAACUUCCUAUGAAGGAGAAUUUAAUUAUUUGAAAAAUUAAAAAGUAAUAGAAAUGUAUUGGAUUGCACAUAUGUUAAAGGAAGGUUGCAAAUUUAUUACGGUUUAUUAAAAUACUUCCAAAAUGUACAAUCACUUGCAGCAGUGUUCUAGAAUAGAUUUUUUUUUUGGGGGGGGGGGGGGGUUGCUAAUCCUUUUACAUAUAGUUGGUUUUUGAAAGCUUAUCUAGUGUCAUUGCUAAUUUUAAAUUGGGUAAACCUACGAUUUUUCUUCAGCAAAUGUAUCUUGUCUAAAAAUGCAAUGCAGAUUACUAGGUCUUUUAAAUGUUAUGUCCAAAAGUAUUGUUCGGUGCAUUGAGUCAUGUCAUGGCUAAUACAGUGUAGACCCCACAUCUAAGUCUGUGUGGUCAAGAUCAAAAUGUUACAGAUAAUGUUAUUUAGUCAGUUUUAAAUCUCACCCAAAAUUAACCUGCAAACCUUUUUUAGUUAAUGAUUGAAGGGUAUGUUUAAAAAUUCUGUUUAAAUUGAUGGACAUUCUGUGUAUAAUUGUUUGUUUUAUCAAAAAUAUAGUGACAUUAGAAUUUGACUUCUAAUGUUUAAUUUGU